AUGAAGAAGCUUAAAGCCAAAAUUAAAGCACUCUUACCUCGUUUGAAGCACACAUGUCGCAAUCUCUCAGUACACGGGCCGACGUAUCUUACUCGUAAAGACGUCCAUGUCGCAUAUAGAUUUAUUUAUUUCAUAAUAUAUGUUCAUGUUUGGAUCGCGGCAGUGGCUGCCAUAUACAAAUACGUUUCUGCGUACCGUGAGGAUACCAUACGGUUCACGACACGCACCGACUAUUUGGAUUGGAACACGACGUUCCCUUCGAUAACAAUCUGCCAAAUUGGCAAUAACGAGAAAAUAUUACAACAACUGCAAAAUACAGAUAACGAGGAGCGACUUAAUUUCGUUAAACAGAUCGCUUUCUUCCGCGGUGAUUGCCCCAGCUGCACGUGGCACAAUAAAACCGAAUACUCCACUGACUUGGCUAGAUUAACUUCUGUAUAUCGGUCGGAGUGCAAAGAUCUUUUUAUUACCUGCACAUGGGAUAAUAAACCGGUAAACUGUUGCCAACAUUUUAAGCCUGUUCAAACUGAGUACGGGCUGUGUUUCUCGAUGAAUAAUAUCCAAUUUCACGAGCAAUUUUCAUAUUACGUCGCGUCGUCAGACCGACGGCACUUAGGGAGUCUAAGCGUGGCUCUCUCGGAGGAUUAUGAAGCAUUCUUACAUGCACGGGAAGACGUGCCGUUUUGGAAUAUGGAACAAGACAGAAGAAUAUCUGUUGGCUAUGGAAUGGAAGCGACUGUAUCGUUCUCUAUAGUGGAUAUAAUGAAUGAGCCCGAAGUAACGUUCACUGUUCCGAAUGUGAGACAAUGCAGGUUUCCUAGUGAAGUGCCUAGCAAUUUCCGAGGCUUCAGCUACUACAGUUACUCAGUUUGUAUAGUUGAAUGCCGUAUUCAUGAACAGUUGAACCUCUGUGGCUGCACUUCGCAUUUAUCACCGCUUGAAUAUAAAGACAAGUAUUGUGACUUAGAAGGAUUGCAGUGUUUGAUACGAUACAAUGAUAGAUUGAAAAGAUUGCGGGUUCCUAAAGUGAAUGAAACAGGCUUGCAAUGCGAUUGUUUGCCGUCGUGUACCGAGCCGGAUUAUAAUAUUAUUGCCAAGAAAUUAAGUUUAUCGGAUAAACCUGGCGGAGCGAUUUCUUUUAUUCUUGGUAAUCGGCCGUACGAGAGAGUAACCAGACAAUUAGCCCACACAACUUUAGACUUAGUGGUCGCUGUCGGCAAUUGUUUUGGCCUUGGUUUUGGAGGUUCUAUCUUAUCUAUAGUAGAAUUUAUGUAUUAUAUUUGUUUUAAGCAAUGGAAGUAUACAAAUGUUGAUAAUUAA